CCUAUUCAACCAGAGGCUAAAGAUGGUCACAGCAAAUAUCACAUCAGUUCGUGUCUUGAAGCAAAUGGCAGAAGUCGCUCCAGCUCCGGCAGCCGCCGCUCCGGCUAAAGCUUCCAAGAAGAAGGCUGCGUCCAAGCCUAAGAAGGCGGGCCCCAACGUCGGGGACCUGAUUGUGAAAGCCGUCUCGGCCUCCAAGGAGCGAAGCGGCGUGUCUCUGGCCGCCCCGAAAAAGGCUCUGGCGGCAGCAGGCUACGAUGUGGAGAAGAACAACUCCGCUCUCAGUGUGAAGAGUAACGAGAAGCUGAAACUUACAGCAUACAGCGAUGCUGUCCUGUCAACCAUGGAGGCAGCCAGCUACUGCGAGGGUUUGGACCCAACCUACACCACCCUGGAGUUUGCUGGCAUGCACAUGCUCUAUGGAGCUGGAUUACCCCCGAGCUAA